AUGAAGAAAUCAAGAAGAAUCAAGGAACCAAGAGAAGUUUUAAGUCAGGAGAAUGAAGAAAUCAAGAAGAAUCAAGGAACCAAGAAAAGUUUCAAUGAAGGAGAAUGUAGAAUCGAGAAGAAUCAAGGAAUCGAGACAUUUCAAUUAAGGAGAAUGAUCAAGAAGAAAAGAUCCAAUCAAAGAAAAUUAACGACCAAGAAAAGUUUCAAUCGAGGAGAAUUAAGAUCUCAAGAAGAUCAAAGAGAAUUAAGGAAUCACGAUGAAAAGAGAGAAGAUGGAGAAGAGAAGAAAAGAGAAAAGAGCAGAAGAGAAGGAAAGAUAGACGUGAAGAGAAUAGAGAAGAGGAGAGAAGAAAAAAGUGGAGAAAGUAGAAAAAAGAGAGAAGUGGAGAAAACAGAAGAGAAUAGAGGAGAGAAGAGAGAAGUGAAGAGAAUAGAGAAGAGGAGAGAAUAG